AUGUUUGGAAUAAUCUGGUGUUUAAUUCUAAUCUCACAAGAUCACUAAAUGAAGGAACAUACCAAUCAACUGUCAUUGUAACUACAAUUCAGGCUGUUUUAAAAAAUCUUCCCACUGAAAACUCAUUUUUUGUUAGUACAUCAGAAAAACAAAGCAUUGCCAGUGCAAAUAGAAAAGGAGGAAAUAAGGGAAGGCGUCCAGAUAUUAUGUUCCUGGGAAAUUAUCUUGAAACAAUCUUUGAACUUAUGUAUAUCGAAUGUUCCCGCUUAUUUUGUACUCCACAAAAAAAGAUGGAUGAUGAGAUAAAAUUGUGGCAGGAGGCAAAUGAUGGUCUUUGUUGGGUAUGUCAGAGUCUCAACCCCACUAAAGAACAGUUUGGUAUUGUAGGGAUACAAGUAGCAGGAAAUAUAUUACACUUGAAUGCUCUUGUUUGA